AAAAAGAUUCAACAUUCUUCGUCGUCUAGCUUCCGAGGACGAGAAUCCGGUGGGUGAGAGAGAGAGAUAGAGUCGGCGACCUUUGAUCCACUCCUACCUAAUCUCUUCCGAUCAUCGUUUUACGUAUCGAAUUUAUCAACUUCUGUUGUGUAAGAGUUUCUCUUUUAAGAAGAAGCAAUGAUUGGGUUGUUUAAAGUAAAGGAGAAGCAAAGAGAACAAGCUCAGAACGCUAGUAGAGGAGGAGGAGGAGCUUCUGUCAAGAAGCAAUCUGCUGGUGAACUUCGUCUUCACAAAGAUAUCUCAGAGUUGAACCUUCCGAGCUCUUGCACGAUAUCUUUCCCUAAUGGCAAAGAUGAUUUGAUGAACUUUGAAGUCUCCAUUAAACCUGAUGAUGGUUACUACCAUAACGGUACGUUUGCUUUCACGUUCCAUGUGUCUCCUGUGUAUCCUCAUGAAGCUCCUAAAGUUAAAUGCAAAACCAAGGUUUAUCAUCCCAAUAUCGAUUUGGAAGGAAACGUUUGCCUCAACAUCUUGCGUGAAGACUGGAAACCUGUUCUUAACAUUAACACUGUUAUCUAUGGACUCUUCCAUCUUUUCACGGAACCAAACUCUGAAGAUCCCUUGAACCAUGACGCUGCACAGGUCUUAAGGGAUAACCCGAAGCUCUUUGAGACCAAUGUGCGGAGAGCCAUGACCGGUGGAUAUGUUGGUCAAACCUUUUUCCCUCGCUGUAUUUAACAAAAAGCUCUGGUUGGUCUUCUUCAAGGAAAAAAAGAUAGAACCUGAAACCACUUUAUCCUCCAUUGUAUUUCGCUUAUUCUCAAAGGACCCUUGUUUGUUUGCUUGCUUUUGUAAAAUUACAUUCUCCCUUUCCCUUAGAGACUGAAAGGAAAUGAAAACUCAAAAUUGUGGAUUUAGUUUGUUCGGUUUCAGUUUA